AUGAUCUCGCGCCUGCGACUGGGCGGCUCGGCCAGCACGAGCGCGAGCAAUGGCGCGCCCAGCGCGAGCUCCGGUCUCUUUGGUGCGGCGGCGUCGGCCAUGAGCAGCAUCAGCGGCGGCGGAAGUCUUCUGCCGGGCAACAGCAGCGUCGAGAACGCGGCCGCAGCGGCUGCAGCGAAUCACGCGUCGAGUACCAGUGCUGCUACUGUCUCGGGCGCUACAGCUGGGGACACGACGUCGACCAAUGGCAAAGCUACUGGUGGAGGAUUCUUUGGCGUCUCCCGCAUGGUGGCGCUCGUGAAUUCAGCAAACCGGAGUCUGCAGUCGCUGCAAGGCACGACAGCAGGUCCUGGGGGUAAAGCAGGUUUACAAACACGAGGGUCGGGGUUGCAAGAUGUCGACCGAGAUGGCCAAGUAGCUGUCGAGAUUUUUGAGAACGAACGUCUGGAAGGGAAGUUGCAGGCAAUGGAUCCGAAACGCUUUAGUGAUCACCAUGCAGCACCAGGUGCUGGACACGAUGAAAGGCCGGAAGGAGAUCUUCCAGCUGGUCAUGAGUGGGUGAGCGACUGGGAGAUUGACCGAAACUAUACAGCAGUGGACCGCGACGGUUGGACGUAUGCAGCCGAUUUCGUCGAGAUUGUGCGUUUGCUCGGUGAUGACCUCAGUCACGCCUCGCGUCAUCCCACUGAUGCAGUGCGUCGUCGUCGAUGGAUCCGCUAUCGUCAGCUCGUGGACGAAAAUGCGCCGCAGUCGCCCACAGAAGCAGGUGGAGCUAAGUCGUUAGCUUCUUCUGUGAACACAAGCAACUGGGCCGACUCAACAAAUGGACAAGGCAACGACUACAUGAUAGAAGAUAAUGACGACCCGUUUAUGCGCACGGCUCAAAAGACCCAGACGGGGUUCCGCGUGAACGUGACUUUUGCACACCGCGGAAAAAAAGACAACACAAAAGACUACCAGAGCAUCAGUCUGACGGACGUCAUGUGGCUUGUGAAUGCGCAUGAUGUGACGAUUGCACCUACUGAAGAAUUGAUGCGCGAGAAGACUGCAAACCUCGAGGAACAGAUCAAGGAGGCCACUAUGCGGUCAAAGUCGCUGGAGAAAGAGCUUCGUGCUCAGCACGAUAAGCAGAGUAAGGAGCUUGUCGUACAGCAAAAGAAGUUUGACGCGCUUGUGGCGCAGUACAAGAAGGUGCAAGCGGAAAAUGAAAAGCUCCAAGUCACUGCGUCGGAACAUUGUAUUAAGGUGGAAGCGCUGCGCAAAGAAGCGACUGAAAAAGACAUGCUGGCGAACGAAGAACAACGCGCGCUUAACGCCGAGACAGCAGCGCAAAAUCAAACGCUCGAAGAAAAAGCCAAAGCUCUUGCAACUGCGCGCAUGCGCUACAAGCGUGACAACAAGCGACUCGCCAUGGCAGUGGAGGAAGCGAAGAAACGUCUCGAGCAGCACAAGGCCCAGGCCAACAUGGAUUCGCAGGACCCUGUGGCCAAGGAUUUGAAAGCGGAAAUGGACAAGGUGCGGCAGCUUUACGCCAAGUUGGAGGCGGUGCGUCAGCACCGUCUAGUCGUGGAGGAGGAGAGCAAGGCGUUGUUCAACCAAGUGGUCGAGAAGAAAGCUGACUUGAAGUUCAAGUCCAAAAAGAAGAUGGAGACAGCUUUGAGCGAAGUGGAUGCAAAGAUCAGUACCCUGAAGAAGGAGCAAGCGUCGCUGUCGAAGAGCCUGGCGCAAAAACCCGAGGGCGAUGCUCUACGCAAGAUAAAUGCCCGAAGGAACGACAUCAGAAGUGAAAUUGGUGCAUUGAAAGAGAGACGGACCAUGCUGCUCGCAGAGAAGCGGAAGCAAGAUGGCGUCGAGCUGUAG